AAAACAGCCGCCGUUAGUGGUUCCAGUUUCACCGGCGACUGGACAUUGCGGCUGACAGACGCAGAUGCCUUGGCGCUGGCGCUGCUGUGCGUGAUCGCCGCAGUCUUGCUGUGAGUUGAUUCUUUGGAAUUUUUGCGCUCGUAAUGUCCUCUCCGGGCUCCCUGUAGGCGACCGGACGUUAAGUUUCCCAGAAGAAAUGAAAACAACACUACGCCUAUAGUAGACCUUUCCUAAGAGCACCAUGAAGCACAGCUGAUUCAAGCCAUGCUGGAGUCCAGGAGAAGCUGCCCUCCUGAUGGGGGCUAUGGCUGGGUGGUUGUGCUGUCAGCCUUUUGGGUCAUGGGACUCACUGCUGCUGUCCUUAAGAACUUUGGCCUCUUCUUUCUGGACAUUCAACGUCAUUUUGGCAUUCUGGCCAGCACAACCUCCUGGAUCACUUCAUGCACAAUUGCCAUGUUUCACAUUGGAGCUCCAGCGGCCAGUGCAAUGACCUUACUCUUUUCUCAGAGAGUGGUCAUUGUAAUUGGAGGCCUUCUCUGUGCCUCGGGUAUGUUACUGGCAUCUUUAGAUCUCAGUCUGCCAUGUCUCUACUUCACCAUGGGAAUCCUGCAAGGUACUGGUAUUUCAUUCUCUUGGAUCCCUGCCAAUAGCAUGGUGAGCCAUUACUUUGUGCGAUGGCGUCCUAUUGCUUAUGCCAUUGCCAGCUCAGGAGAGUGUGUCUUUGCCAUCAUUUUCGGCCCAUUUUUCCAGUGGCUCAUUGAAACAUACAGCUGGCAGGGGGCUUUACUCAUCAUCGGAGGCCUCCAGCUCAACAUCUGCGUGUGUGGUGCUCUCAUGAGACCACUGGAGACCACUCAGAAUACUGUGGACCAGGGUGCUACUUUGCUUCUACCAAAGAGGAGUAAGACUUUCCAAUGUUCACUACUCAAGAAACCAGAACUCCUCCUUUACAUUGUGUUUGCCAUUUUAGCUGCAGCUGGUAUUUUCAUCCCACCUUUAUUUCUAGUCCCUUUUGCAAACCAUGUAGGACUACAUGAUUACUGGCCUGCAUCUAUCCUGUCUUUAGUGGCACUGGCUGAUCUGAUGGGCAGGUUAAUCUGUGGAUGGGUAGCCAACAUGACACUGUUCAGAAACUUGCAGCUGCUUACAGUGGUAGUCUCUUUACAAGGUGUUGUGCUAAUGCUGCUACCAAUUAGCCACAACUACUUGGGCUGUAUAAUGUUCUUGUCUUUUGUCUAUGGCUUUCUGUUUGGCUGUGUUGUGGCCAUCCAUGUUACCUCCAUUGUGGACAUUGUAAGCCUAGAGGGAUUUGACAGUGGUCUGGGACUUUUCAUGCUUUUCAGGAGUAUUGGGGGAUGCGUUGGACCUCCUUUGGCAGGUUUUUUGGUGGAUCAGACUGGAAACUACAGUGCUGCUUUUUACUUGUCCGGAUUCUGCCUCAUUUCCUCUGCAUUCUUUGUCAUCCUGGUGGACUACUUGGUUCAAAAGAAAGAAGCUAAUCAAACUGAAGCUGAUACCGAUUUACACUUCUCUCAGAGGACAGAACAACAGAAAUGAAACAUUAACAUUAAUCAAAACUACAAAUAUGGUGCUGUAGUGUAGCCUGGAGGUCCUCUAAUAAUCUUCAAGGCUGCAUACUGCGUGAAAUUGGAACAUUUACUUGUAACUGGAGCAGCCUCAAUUACUUCACUGUCAUAUUAGAAUGUUAUUCUGGAUUACAUAAUAUUUAAAUAUGUGAAAGACUGUUACUGAGAUAAAUUCUGAUGUCAUAUUUUUUCAUAGUAUAAACAUACUGUAUGUAGGUUUUAAGAAUUCAUGAAGAAGUAGGCCAAACUUAAAAAGAUCAGUGGUGGUCUUUAUUGAGAAGGUAUUUUAUUUAUAAGGUCUGUGAAUCCAGAUGUUAGUGAUAUUGAUUUUGUAUAUCCUGAAUUCACUUAUGUAAUAAGCAUGUCUACACAGAAGAGGGGAUCACCUGAAACCAGGGUCAUGAAAACAAAUCUGUCUGGAGGAAUCUGUUACAUAUAGGGUACACUGCUCAGGGAGUAAAGAGCAGUUACACAACAUUAGCUUGAGUAUGUAACAAAAUUGUAUUGUUCACAAAAUUAAAAUAUCGAUCAUUGCUGCCCAGAGGCUUCA